UCACUUACCUCAUUAACUCUCAAACAGAAACCAUGUGUAAGCAGUAACACAGCCUCACCUUUCUCCACUGCAGGUGUAACUCCAACUGCUUUUAUAGGGAGCUCAAUUAACACCCACAUCGCUGCAUCCAGUACCAUAACCCGGGAGGUUGGCUUCUAUAUUACCCCUGUAACAAGGACACCCAAACACAUUCUCACUUUCACAGGCUCAUUCACUCGACUUAAUGAAUCUUAAACAGGUCAGUAAUUCAAAAAAGAUUGCUGCAGGAUGCUUGAAAUGUGCAAAAAGAACCUCUCUUCAGAAGAAGAAACCCCUUCACUUGGUUUGACCAAGCGAUGACAUCAUCAACAACAUAAAAUCCAGCAAAUGCUGAGCCCGCCUUCUCCUAGAAGACAUGUCUGAACUUUAAGAAGCUGUUUUAAAGUUUAGUCCUUCAGCGUAUUAAAGGGAGUCGUUUCCAAGGCCGAUGUGAAACCAGACACCCAGGAGAAAUCAUGGUGCAGGUCCAGAAACAACACAAGGCCGGCCCGACAUCCUCUCACCUUCUCCAAACGCCUUUCCGUCAUGUGCGACUGUUCCUGGGAAGAAAACCUUUAAGGCCAGUCACGUUUAGACUCAGUGCUCCUCCAGCAGGCUUUGGUGCUGGUCGGCCCAGCUGGACUCCUAGACGGGAGAUACAGAGAGAGGGACAGGCAGACAGACAGAGAGAGAGAGACGGUUUCCAGUGAAGAAGACAAGAAGCUGUGACUAUGAACCCUCCUGGGAACACUUAAUCUUCCGUCGCUGGCCAAGAGAAUGGGUGCUGAGCUGAAGUAAGAUGGCCUCGGACAGAAUGGCGACUCCUCAGAGCAGCUCCAGACAGAGCAGCUCGCUCUCUUCUUCCCCCAUGAGUACCCGUAUGCAGUCUCUCCAGGUCGACUCGGUCCAGCGCUGGAUGGAGGACCUCCGCCACAUGACCGAGGUGGAGUGUAUGUGCGUCCUCCAAGCCAAACCCAUCGGCGUGGAGGAAGACGCCCAGCAGGGAGAGCUGAUCGUAGGAGUCGGCACAGGCGACCACGUGGCGAGGAACAACCUGCAGACGCUUCUCCGCCGAGCGCUCGUGGUCAGCACGGAGCUGGGGAAGAUGUUCCAGCGGCUGGAGAAAGGACGCUGGCAGAGGGUCCACAGCACCGCCGUGAGGGCCAACUGUCACGUGCGCUCGCUGGUGCACGAGUACAGCACCGCCCGGAGUACGCCACCUGAGAUGCAGAAGUAUGAGAAAUCUCUGCUGGAGAAAUGUAUGGAGCUGACCAACAUCACCGAGAGGUGUCUUCACACUGAUGACGAGUUCUUCCUGAAGUCCAUGAGAGAGGCCAUCCACGAGAUCCUGACAGACGUCAGCGAUUCCUUCAGCAACAUGAUCGACAUGGCUUUAGCCAAUGAGAUCCGGGUUUUGAUCAAGCAGAUUGAGUCUUCAGACAACGUUCACACCAUCGGCAGUGCCAUCAGCAACCUGCUGUCCCUCACCCAGGACGGACCGCAACUCUGCAGCAUCAUCGCCAAGGAAGGAGCCGUGGUCGCCCUGUUUAAGAUCUGCAGGCAGGACCGCUUCAGAGAGCUGUACGCUCACGCUCUGAGGACUGUGGCCUCCAUCUGCUGCGUGGAGGAGGGCAUCAACCAGCUGGACAAGGUGGAUGGGAUCCUGUGCCUGGCAGAGAUCCUGACGGAUGAGAGCAGCGUGGAAGCAGCGAGGGCCGAGGCAGCGGCGGUCGUGGCUCAGAUCACCUCUCCUCACCACACGUCCACGCAGCACCUCGCCAGCUUCCUGGAGAGCAUGCACGACAUCGUCACCGCGCUCAUCAAGUUGUGCGAGAGCGCCUCCUGCGGCGAAGUCUUCCUCCUGGCGUCUGCAGCCUUGGCAAACAUCACCUUCUUCGACAGCAUGGCCUGUGAGAUUCUGCUGCAGCUCAACGCCAUCCAGAUCCUCCUGCAGGCCUGCAGAGACCGCCAGAGAGUUGACACGCCGUACUCCAAAGACCAGGUGGUGACGAUCCUGGCGAACCUCUCAGUCUUGGAGCAGUGUGCUGCUGAAGUCCUGCAAGAACAAGGAAUCGAGCGCCUGCUGCUGCUACUGGGAGAGAAACCAACCUCCCCCAGUCCAUCGGAGGGCGCCGCCUGCGAGCGGGUCCAGCAGAAAGCUGCUGUCACUCUGGCACGGCUGAGCAGGGACGCUGAUGUGGCUCAAACAGCCAUCCAGCUGAAAGCUGUUCCUCGUCUUAUUGAACUCUGUCGCUCUCCUACCGAGAGGAAUAACAGUGACUCAGUGCUGGUCGCCUGCCUGGCUGCCUUGAGGAGGCUGGCAGCGGGGUGCCCAGACAGCAUCGAGGCAGCAGACCACCAGCAGCUGAUCAAACCGCGGCUAGUCGACUCCUUCCUGCUGUGCUCCAACAUGGAGGAGAGCUUUGUAUGACGGCCUGAGAGCAGAGGGCUGAACUGGUGGACAUGGAUGGUGUACAUUUUCAGUUUUAAUACACAGAGAGGACUCAUGAGCAGACUAUUGACUUAAAGGAGCGAUAUUAAUCCAAGUUUCCUCACGGCCAUGAAGCGUUUGGACGAAUUGAAGGGACUGUUGUGGAUUUCGGAAGGUCAUUGAUAUGUAAAUGUACAUAAAUAUGUCACUAGUGCAAAUAAGUGAUCCCAUAGAAAGCAAUGAAUGUGUAUGGUGUCAUCCUAUGUAAGUGGGGAUUCAUAUCAGUAAUAAUAUGAGUGAUAUUUUGUACUAUCAGGUGCUCCUUCUCCAAAAAUGAAAGUCUAACCUGUUUGGAAAGGAAACACUUUAUAUGCUUCCACUGUGCAAAUAUUUCUGUUCUUGUCUGAAUAUAUUGCAACAAAAGCUUUUUUGCCUUUGUGGGAACAGAGAACAGCUCCUUCACACGAGUGGAUUACACAACCAAAUGUCCCUGACUCCAGUGAUCAUCUGAAGCAUUUAGCUCUGAAACACCUAAAGAUGUUUGUCUGGUUAAACUCUUCACAGCUCUCGUCAAAACAAAUCCGUUUUGAUGUUUUCAAACUGCAGCUGCUGUAAACCAAAUCAAAGUUAGACAGCUUUCGCGAGUAUCUCAGCUUCAUGAGUAGAGUUUUAUCUGAGGCAUACAGCAUUCAUACAGGUGUAGUAGAAUAUAUUGCUUCAUGUGCAGGAUGAAUUAUCCUUUUGAACUUUCUGCCAUUAAUCUUAAAUAUCAUGUUUGCCACUGGACACAUGAAUAAUGAACUGACUUUGAAUAUAGAAGUGCUUUUUAUUUAAGAGAAUUACCAUUAUUGUAUGCCAUGCAUGGAAUAAAGGCAAUCUAUGUAAUGCA